AUGACCACCGGCCAAACCAGCAGCAGCAGCCUCUCAACUCGGAUCUCCCUCCGCUGGGUCCCGGACCCAGCGUUCGAAAACACCGACACCAUCGUCCUGUCAUUACUGGGCUGGUACGUCGACCUCCGCGUCGACAAAUCCACCGGCAAAAUCGACUGGGCGAUCGCCGGCCAGCGCAUCGUAGAAAGCCAAGAGCCACUGCGCGUGCUUUUCACUCACGCCAUCGACUCGCAUAAUGCGUUUGAGGCAGUGGACUGUGGGACUUUUACCCAGCUGCCGAACGGGGAUGACCUUGAGAUCGGGUCGAUGCCGCGUUGGGAUCUUCCUGGUAAGCCGGUUAGGGAGUAUGAGGAGGUGUGGCGGGAGUUGCCCUUCCGGGAAGGUCCCGAGGGUCCAGGGAGGGGAGUCUCGUGGGUGCUGGAGGCGAGGGGGGACGAGCGCGGGUUGAGUGGGAAGGAUGGGUGCAUGGUGACGAGGGUGUUCAUUGCGAGGAUCUGGGGGACUUUUGUUGCGUUGCGUCAGGAGCAGAUGCACUAUGGUGCGGAGUCGGAGGCUGUGGCCAAGGAUGGACGGGAGGUUAGCGCUAGACGGGAGGAGUGGGAUUCUACUACUGGGUGGAAGACGAAGUACGUCCUUGGCCCGGAUGCCGACAAAUUACCGUCGAUGACGACGAUUGACGCCGGAGAAGGAGACUGGAGCGUCGGCUGCGAGGUUAUUGUGAACGGUCAACCAUACAUUGUACGAGCGUUUGAGAGAAUUGAACAAGAAUGA